UGCUCGCGAGCGCAGCUGGUGGCAUACACGCGUGGUGCGCCCAGUUCCAUGUCUAUCUAGCCUAGGCAGCUUGUCUUCAAGUCUCCACGAGCUCUCACUCACCACCUAGCUCUGGUUGCUAGGUUGAUUCGUUCUCGAGGACCUAAAGUCCAGCUGAAAAUCCGCGAUCCUCGAACAAGUACCAUUGGUCUGCUCUUGCUUUCCUGACGAAGGGAUACUUGUUGUGUUUCAUGACAACGAUCAUAAGCUGGAGCAUGAGCUGGAGACCGGAAUUCAAACCCUCCAAUGCACCAGAAGAAUCAAAAUCGAGUAUGAGACUGUCACGUCCGUUGUUUCAGGAUUGCAUACACUGAGCUGAGCUGAGCAUGCAACCCGUCACAACACUUGUGUCGUGAGUUGUCUUCUGGCUUGCAAGUGAGCGGUGAAACAAAGCUGUGAUCGAGUAUAUUUGCGAUUCGGCUGCCCAUGUUCUCGAUUUGAGGCAAGAGCAGUUCGUCUGCCGGGGGCUGAGUCGCGCUGUUGGCUGUUCUAGAUCUCUAAGGACUUUGGGUCAUAGAUGGAUGCACGGAAGAGUUGGCUCAUACGGACAUCGGGAUUCUGCCCAGUUUGCCGACAUGCGUCUCGCGCUGCGGCAGUCAAAGUCAAAUGAUUGCAUCUUACGAGUCAAAAGGCAGAGCUUGCCAAUCUCUCCACGUACGAGGUGCUCUUCUAAGAAACACAGAGAGAUCAACAACAGCCUGCAGCCAAAUGACGAUCUGCUCGCGGUGACGACUUCAGAUCGAGUCUCGGCAUGACCCUGAGAACCGCUCCGAAGCUCGAGCUUCGAUCCUAUCCACGCGUUAACGAUUCGUCGAUGACCUGAAGAUGCUCGUUGCCUCCAACUCCACGCAGCUACGAGCUCGCACCGACGAGAUCAAAACCGUUGACCUGUAUUUCUGUCAAACAAGAAGAAGAAGAAGACGAAGAAGCUGAAUAUACACCCUAAAUCGAUGACCAUAGCCGUGCGAGAAGAGAAGGCCUCUCCUUCUCCCUCUGCGGAAUGCGAGCAGAUCGCCAACUAGACAGAGCUCUUCGCAGUCGCCCCUCCACACAUUUGGAAUCUAGGUACAGUCGAAACCCUGCAUCUUGGGGACAACCGAUCCACUUCGUCGUCCCACGGCUGGCGGCUCCCUGCCGUAUCGAUUGACCGACUGCCAAAAAACUGAGCUCGCGCAUUUGUGCUUAGACGGUGGGACUCGAGGAAAUUCCACUGGAAACGAACUCACAAGGUGUCAAUUGUGUGGAGAGGGCAUGCAUCAACUGUUCAUGAUCUUAGACUCAGUAAAGCUGACACACUCGGGGUCGUUACGCUGCCAGCAACAUACGGAGUAUUCUUGGUAUCUUGAUGGCUGAGCUGCUGUGGUGGAGCCAGCUAAGAUUGAGAUCUCAUAUUUCACUUCUGUACUCGAUCGUCAGAGUAGCUCGACGGACGAUAUGGCGCAGCCUGCCAACAGUCCGUAUGGGGUUGGAGGCAAGGUCGGAAGGAGCAUGGACAACAGGUGCAGAGAAUGAAACGCAGUUUUAGUGCGGCCGUCACCCCAGGGGCUGAAUUUGGGCCCGGGAUUGUCAAUCGUCGUGGACGCUAUCGAUUUCCCCUGCAGCCAGCACGGAGUUCCAUACAAUCACUACCUUUUGAGAGGCGAGAGCUUUCCUGUCCACGACGAUUUGAAAUCCUCCACCGCGCAGCGCAAUACUGCUGGAAGUACAAAAAUCGGAAUCGAGUCCAGUUUACCACAUAUCAAUGAUUGAGAUGUAACGGAACGAGAAACUUGCGGCGAUUCUCUGUAACUGCAUUUUCUCGCUGCAGUGCGGGCGACGACUGGCUGUUGGUUUCCAUCUCUUCACGACAUAUCAGCAAUGUUAAAGUCCAGUCGGCCCUCGUACGUGUUCUGCGGCGAUAAAACCCUCUUGCGCACUUCUCCUCUCGGGUCUCGCGGCGCACUUCCUUUCCGGAGUAUUCUGCCGACUCGUACUUGCAGCACACUCGAGCGAGAGGAGGACUUUCAUUCAUAUGAUCAAAUUUCGAUGAUGCCAGGAUCCGCAGCGUUGGUAAUCCUUCGAGUACACGACAUACAUUCAUUCUCGUUUUGCAAUUAUUGAAGGUCCAUAAUGUUCUCGGAUGACUGUGCCGUGAAGAGAUCCGCCUCCAUCAUACAGGGAACAGGAGGCUACUUCGAUCCUUCCUAUCCGUAGCAGGAGGUAGGACUAGCCAGCCACCACAAAACUGGUGAUGUGUUUGCCCCAUGUCCCGUCCAUCCAUACGUUUGUCCAAUAGGUGAGGUUAGAUUUGCAGGAGCAGAAAAUUUAGCGCUCGACUGCCUGCUAACCUUCCGGAGACAGGGUUAGCUUUACUUAUAUUUGCUGUAAUUUCCCACGACUGACAGACUGACUGCGAGAAAGAACGACCGCGUGGGAGCUCGUCGAUGUUGCAGCUCUUCCACACAGACAGAGAGCAGUCACUGAAUCCACAUGAAUUUGUCACCGAAAAGGUCCGCUGGCUGAGAAUGGAGCGUCAGGUCGACUGCGGUAAUUUUCAGGGUUCUGUCGCUCUGUCUCCCACAUGAAUGAGUGAGUGUAGGGCCUUGUGGAUCGAAACUUGCACCGUCCGCCGCGCGAAGUCUACGCUGGGGUGCCUGGCUAGCUACACUGUCGUGGUGAAACUUAGGCUGGCAGAGCUCUAGGAGAGUUGUCCGUGGCACCGUCCACCAUCUGGGCGAGCUCAAUGCAAGCUGAGCUGAGCUGAGCUGAGCGAGCUUGUGGGAUAAGCGAGAAAGGCAUACGUGUGUUCCUGUUUUCGCGCCUGUCCUUUGGCGUGGCCGGCCUUGACGGCUUUUGUGGACGCUCAUCAGAAUUAUGACGGUUUCUCCCUCCUCGUGCCCCCCCACGGGACUCGGAAGACCUAAAGAAUCGCACCCCCUUGCUCAGAGGGCACCAUGUUGAAGCAAGGUCUCCCAGUCUCCGCUCAUGUGGCAUCUUGAACACUGACCUCCUGGCUGGCAGUCGGUCUACACUUCGUUGCUGCUCGUCAACCCGUUUUCUGCCGAUUCGAUCACUCUCCCUUGGCUUUCACGGAGGAAGAGCACAGGAACGAAUGACAAACUGGAGGCUUACAGUGGCCGUCUCGGAAAGGCCACUCCGGACAUUCUGUACCUGCCCUCGACGUCCAUUCCAGAAGAGGCGAUCCUCUCCGUCUGGGGGUCGUAGCCUUCAAUAUGUCGGACACAUCUUGCGGAGGAUUUGCCCUUUUGUUUAGCAGCAGGUUGUCUGCACACUCUCAGAGGUGUGUGACUGGCUACUAAGUAGAUCGAUGAUAUCCCAACGUGAGUCUGAAGACAGGCGGGAACAAUAAAUCUCUCAUCUGUCAUCGACUACACUAGAAAAUUAGACCCUCCGCGUUAUUCGAUCGCAUUAAUUCUCCAACACGUUGACCUACCGAACGCCUCACUCCGCAAGUAUUUCACCGGGACGCUGCCUACUGGAUUUCGAAAGAAGAUUGUGGGCGUAUCAGACUAAUCGUCAACGUCAGACGAAUCCAUUCUCUGAGAACUGAAAACAUAAGAAAGUGAUCAACAUUAACAAGAUGGGCGCUGAACGUGCUUGUCUGUCUUAACAAGAAUCUUAUUCCUGAUGAGGUGUUUUGACUCAUCCGUCCCUCCGUCAGAGUUAAUUGCUUGUUGUCAUUGCGCAGAAGUAGACUGUCAAGUACACUGACUCAUUCUCACUGUCAGCCGUACUUGAGACUUUACUCUGGUUUAACUACCCUGGGCAUUUCACGCCCGCCGCAGUGACCACUGAUUUGCCUGGUCUCAUACUUCGAGAAAAUUGUAAUGAAGCGGUUUCAGAAGAAGGCAUUACUCGAUUACACAGCGAGAUGGCAGUGAACAUUGUGCUUUAACAUUGGAAGACACGGACUGCUGCUUUCUGCAGCAUCAUUGAUCUCAGAGGAUUUGUUCGCAAGACAAAGCCUGGGCCCUUGAGGAAGAACGACAUGCUUAUUGGAGUGAUGCUUGAGGAGUUGGGAUGUCUUACAGACGAGAUUUCCAGUCAUCUGAGAUGUACGAUCAAAUUCACGCAGUUGUAAUUUCAACUGUGUUUCGACAUGUGCAGGGUGCUGCUGAGGUAGAUCUCGUUCACACUGCGGAAACAGGUUCAUUCAUUGGGCAUAAUUAUGCAGAGGGAAGGCGAACAGCCGGACAAUCUCGUGUCAAGGUAGUGAAAAGAUUCGAGCAUGCGGAGGUUUCGACUUCAAAAUUGAAUAAAGACACAGGCACUCCUCAACAUGGUCUAUGUAGCAAAUCCUCUUGAGACAGAUAAGAGCAUCGAGCACUCCCAGAAGCAAGAAGAUCAACCCGCAGCCCCCGGAAUUGACUCCAUGUCAAGGGCCAGUAAAGAGGUCCCCCGAUCGACCGUCAAGGAAUCGGAGAGUUCAGACUUGCAGACGCAGCGGUCAGCAGGUCCAGUCCAAGCUGUUCCGGAACUGCAUCGAAUCUUGGACUCCACUAAUGAAUUGUGGCGUCUCAGAGGCGGUGCAGUCAACAAUCACCCCACAGAAGUCAUCUGUGUACCGGACGGUGAGAGGACAGCCGUACCACAAAUCUCACCGUCCGACUACUUGAACGGGACUGCAAAGGAGAAUGUGAAUUACAUCAAUUGGUAUCAACAUGGGCUUACAAAUUCUAUGCCAACUGGUCGGAUCGUAACAUGCUACGCUGGUAACAAUCCCAGUGAUUCGUCCACCCGUGGAGAAACUGGACGUAACGUAGACAUUUCUGUUUUAACAUCAUUUCACAAGGUCUCUUCGGAGGAGAAAUGGGAUGCACAAGCUCUGUAUGGAGACGUAUACAGCGAUGAUCCCCUGUUCCACAUAGUGCCGAGCGCAUGUCCCGGCACUGCAUCCGGAGCAGUCGCUUGUUCCGAAAUUGAGCCCAAGAAAUUCGGCAUUGGCUUCUCCACCGAGGAAAAUGUCUGCGACCUCAAAGGCCAGCGGACCAUAGCAACAUUGGAAGGCUUGAAACACGAUGAACCGUUUGCAUUCGACGAUUACAGAGCCGAUCAUUUCUUCUUGGCCGACCCCUCAGGAAAUCAAACCCUUGACAAUUGCGUUCCUGAGCUCAGAUCCGCAUUCCGUGUCACCAACAGUUCUGUUGCAGAAACUGUGUCCCAGCAUCUCAUUCAUCAUGGGGAAACGUCUCAGUCCGCAGUUCAUCCUCAAGAGAAAGUGUUACCUGCUCCCACAUCUCCCAUAUUCCAACUUGAACAAUACGAUGACAUCAUGAUCUUUAACCAUCAUGCACAACAAUGGCAGGAUGAGCUCAUGAACCUCAACUACCACGAAGCAAACGCUGAGGGAAAUGUGGGCCUUACGAGUGGCUACAAAGGUUCUGCAACGAUGCCGGUCCUUCCAGAGCAGCCUCAGUUUGAGGCCAUCAAUCCAUUUCCCACCCGUCACGCCGUUAGUGCCCCUGAUGUUGCCACAGAUUGUUUCAGCUUUUGGCCUGGAGAACAUUCAUCCACCUACCAUAGUCUGGAGGACCAGUCCACUCCAUAUGUGUGGCCUGGAAGUCCCACCUCUGAACAGGCUCUAACACCAUCCUAUCCCACCGAGGCAGGCACCUCGUCCUAUACAUGGAAAACCACGGACUCAUCACUGGUCACGGCAGCGGUAGACGAUGCAAAACCGGAGAAAACUGCUAGAAAACACGGGGUACCAGCCGAACCUUGUGCCUCCUCAGGAGACUGGCUGGAAUCACGCGGAUCCCCUACUUGCUCCAUGUCUCCAUGUGCCAAAGGCAAGCAAAUCGCAGUCUCUACAACAUCACAAAUUGACAAAAUCUCCAUUUGCCAGCGGGUCUCUGCAGAACAGGGAAGGACGGAAAUGCUGGAAAUGCUGCAGACCGUAUUUCCUGACUCGCUCGACCUUUCCCAAGAGGACAACAAACAUGUUCGUGAUGCUCGACUCGCCUGGUUGCAAGAGCAUGCAAAAGAAGAUAUACUGCAGAACAGCAAGCGGGAUCGGACGAACUCCACUGAAAUGCUCUCGAGGCCAACAAGCUCAUUGCGGAAGAAGAAGCAGAAAGACCAGGAAAUUCCCGAGGGAAGACUCCGGGGAACAUCUAUUUGCACGGACCCAGAUCUGUCCUACGGCCUGGCGGCGGUGCAAAACGUGCUGGAGGAUUUCCAUAAAAGUGCCGGUCUUAUUCUGAAGGCGAAGAAGCUGCAGAACCAACGGCCUUCGGUGACGGACCUGCUCAACGCGGAACUCGAAGCCCUCUGCAUCGGGGACGCUUUGGGCCCAGAGGUCAAAGGUUUCAUCAUGACAGUGAUCAAGAUCGGACAUGGCAAGCAGCCGGCGGCAACAAACCCAGACAUGGUUGAGCAGAUUUUGCAGCUGAAAUGGCGCCUCGCCUCUCUCAUGGAAGAAAGUCGCAAUCACGAACGUUCGACCCUCGCGCAAUUGAGAGACACGUUCACGAGAUACUCUUUUCUUUUCCCAAGCUCAGCAAGCGACUCAUUCGACAAGAGAGCAAUUCCAAGCAAGUACUACCAGGAUCUCGAAAACGUCGUUUGUCAGUACUUCCGAGGAUGUAGUCUUUUCUUCAAGCGAUCAGCGUCAUCGGCGUCUUCAUCAUCAGGGCAACAAGGUCACGAGAAUUCGAGCAACACAGGGGGUGCACCCGAUGUACAUGCCAAAGUCCGAGGGCCGCUUCCAGUAGAAGUGUUGGGAGAAGCCAACGCGGGCACGUCACCCGUCGUUGAAACAAGUGACAGGAGCCGAAUGGCCUCACGCAAGGAGCUGUCCGGAGCCAGGGGUAAUCUGCCCAAGGUGGCAGCUGACUACAUGCGUCAAUGGCUAUUCCAGAACUUCCAGAAUCCCAAUCCAACGAGGGAAACGAAGCUUAUGAUAGCGACGAUGUUCAACAUCACAGAAAAGCAGGUGACAAAUCAUUUUGUCAACCUCAGGGCGCGGAAAUUCAGACCACUGGUAUGCAGCUAAUCCUCUCUCCUCAAUUAUGGAUGUUGUGCAAGCAAGUCUCCAACUGGUAGUCCGAGACCUAAGUGGCAUUCGCUUCGCUUGUGUACCUAAGCAUCAUUACCGGCGCACGAAUACGGACGUCUACGUUGUGCACUUUAUAGAUUCAUCCCAACUCAUGACUUUAGCGCAUUGACAUUAGUGGCCACCACCACCACCCAGGACCCAAUGUGUUCAUGACAUUAUUCCACUUUGCCCCUCGCUGCUCAAUUCAUUCUUGCCUUCGCCCAUCAUCACGCGAAGCCAAGGUAAGUCCGGAAGCGUGCCCCGAAGCCGGCCGAGAUACAUUGUACCUUCAUUCACAGCCUAAGAACUUUGUCUUUGUCGUAAACCGACCGUGAUCACGAGCUGCCACGACGUUACGAGGGGCUCCGAGAAAAACGAACAGCUGUUGUUUCCAAGGCCCCGUGUUCGCUGUAAGCUUGGCCCUAAUGUGGAAGCCCGACAGGGACUCGGCAACCCACUCGCCGACCCGACGAUGGCCAGGCUCAACGCCGCCCUAUGAGUCGAUCAUAGGUAGCGUGACGAGGUUGCGGAGUUUGCAAGAGGAUCCGAGAUCGGACGCCGGUCACGACAUGCAAAACCCCGAUGCCGAAAACAAAGCUGGUCCAGAGGGUCCGACUUCUGCCAAAUGUGCCGAGAAAAUCAGGACCUGAGCGUUCGGAAGAACAAACGCAUCUAGAAUGAAGUAGUAGCCCCUAGGGACAAACACACGCCUACCUCGUCGCUAGGAUCUGUGAUGAUGAGAGGAACCGCUACGAGUGUAGACCACUCGGAAUUGUCGAACGAGCAGAGCAGGAUACGGGGCGACACCCUGAACUUUACUUCUAUGUUGAGCUCGUUCUCCCGGUGGGUAACCGCAUUCCUUGACACAGGAGGCAGAGAGAGUAGUAGGCAAUUCAGAAUCGCCUCUAGACCGAUAAUUGCGAAGUGAAACUGAAUUCUUCCGAGCAAUAAAAUGGAAGCAAUGACAAUGCAAACAUGACAAUGCCAAAUUUGGUAUGUGGGACUCGAUCUCAAACCGCAGGCCUGCGGGAAAUGGCUGUAAUUUUGCAAC